AUGUUGAGUCUUCUCUUUGGUCAAGGCAGGCAGGUAGAUGCUGUAUCCGAUGAGGGGGAUGACAAGGAAAAUGAUGGCUUGUUGAGGCAGCGGACAGAGGAGGCCUUUAGGGUCCUCAGUAGCUUCAUAUUGGGAGCUCGAGAGCUCGGAACAACCAUGGACAGCAUCCCCGCCUCCACUGUAGAGAUCAUCUUCACCUCCCUCAGCGACUUCAGUGGUACCAUCAGGCAAUACCCUCCAGCAACACACACGCUGCGGCAGGCCAUCGCUAGGGCGGACGAUGGUGGGGCUCUGUCGCUGCUAUGGUAUAGACUCAUGCCUGCCCUCCUAGAGACCCUCCAUGCUGCUAUCCGGCGAUGCAUCGAGGCCCUAGAUGGGGUAUGGAAGGUAGAGGGCUUGGCAGAGAUGGAGGUCCUAGAUAGGAUUGGUGGCUUCGCGACACUUCUCGUCGUCCUUGUGUGUUCGAGACCAGAGAGGAUGGCCCCCGGCAUGGUCAGCCAGGCUCUGAUGGCGAUCCUGAAUGUGAUGACUAGUGAGGGGCUGGUGGAACUUUCUGGAGAGGACCCUAAGUAG